AUUUGAGUUGGAGUUUUAUACUCCUCUCCAUUUUCGUUUAUGUUCUGUGCUUCAUCUUCCUGAUUUUCUCUCCAUUCGUUUGUGUGAAAAAAAAAAAAAAAAUCAACAAGUAAGUCCUUGUUCGAUGAAACACAUGGUGCACCAUGAGUGCACGGUGAAUGGCAGAAAACUUGGGAAGUUUGGUUUUGAAGAUGAACAGUGGACUCCGACACGGACAUUUCUUAUUGUUGAAGAAAUGGGAAAAGCAAAGUGGACUCCUCCAACUUUGGAUGUGCUGACAUGUUAGUCCUUGAUAGGAUAGUGUUACACUAUUCUUGUAUCCAAAUGCUCCCUAUUUAAUCCCUUGUUUUAAAUUUAAAAGAGUGCAGAUUGUGUUAGUGUGCGAGGGAAGCUAGUGAAAAACAGAGAGGAAAGCAGAGUGCAGAAAAGAGAGUGAGGUUGAGAGUAAAUCUCCCUUGUUGAUGUUAGAUUCGGAUUGUGAUCCGAAAAUUGUAAUCCUUUUUCAAUAGUGGAUUGAUUUUUCAUCUGGGUAAGUGCCCCGUGGUUUUUCCCAUUUGGGUUUUCCACGUAAAAAUUCUGGUGUCCUUUUUAUUUUACUUUGUUUGCUUAUUCUGUUCUUGGGUGUUUGAUUGUGUUGCUGUUUGGUUUGAUUCUGGGCAUUGGACCAUUAAAACCUCAACAGAAUG